GUCGAAAAGGAGCAUUCAGUGUAGCAAAACCUCUCAUCAUUAGCGUGGGAUAUGAAUCAUAUAUGAUAGGCAUUUCCCUAAUUCCAAGAUUUAAAUAAUACACCACUCUGAAGACCCAUACACAAUAGUGACAAUACCCCUAUAAAAACCCUAUAAUAUUCCACCGCAAAUACUGCUACAAAAGCAUGAUACAAAGUCCCUUCAUUUAUUGAUUUCACAAAAUCAAAUCUCGCAGUACCAACAAUACUGCCACCCCUAAAGCACUGACAACUCUUCUUCUUCACACUUCUCUUUCAGAUCUACACAACACACACCAAAAAAUAAAUAAAAUGCAACUCCAACUCACACUCUCCAGUCUCUUCCUCUCCCUUUUGUUAACAAUAACAUUAACAUCUCCAACCUUGGCAGCACAAAGCAAGCCGCAGGAUCUGGUCCGGUCCUCGUGCGUGCACGCGCGGUACCCGCGUCUGUGCCUGCACACCCUCUCCAACUAUCCGGGCUCCGCCAACACGCCAUUAGACGUGGCCCGGACAGCGCUGAAGGUGAGCCUAGCGCACACACGCCGGGCCUCCAAGUUCCUGCACGCGCUUUCUCAUGACGAUUCAAUCAUCAUGAGAAAGCGUGAGCGCUCCGCGCUGCGAGACUGCACGGAGCAGAUCUCGGACUCUAUUGAUCAGCUUCGGCGGAGUCUCGACGAGCUGCAGCAUCUCCGCUCGGAGACAUUCCGGUGGCAGAUGAGCAACGCCCUGACGUGGGUCAGCGCCGCCCUCACCGAUGGCGACACCUGCCUCGAAGGCUUCGGAGGGAAUGCCAGGCCCGACGUCAAACGGAGAGUCACGGAUGUUGCGAGGGUCACUAGCAAUGCUUUGUAUAUGAUUAAUCGGCUGGGUCAAAGUAGGACCGGAAAGCCCAAGUACAAGCCCAGGCCCAGGACUCAGCCUGGCUCUGCCUCAAGUACUGAAAAAUUGAAUUAGAUGGUCGCUGCGGGCUUGGAAGGAUGAGCGUGGGAACUGGGAAGUGAAGCUACUUGGUCAAGAAUAGUACGUGAAACUGUGAUGUCUUGUUAAUUAAUUAGGUAACAACCACCGUCUGUUGUUAGUACCUAGUACACCGUGACCACUUUUGCAUUUGUGUUUCUUGCUACAAAUAAAAUGAUGUAUAUUAUUACUAUGUGUUAUAAUUAUAAUUAUAAUAAUGCUAAAUCCUUAUUCAGUGUA